CGCAGAAUUAAUUUUAGUCGUUUCCGCUAUUCGCAGUUCGCAGUUUGCUCUACGCAAUCUGCGAUCUUUCAUUUUUACUGUUAUUCUGUUGAAACUGUAUAAAUUUUAUAAUAAGAUUCUCCACUUAUUCCAGUUGGUCCACGCACAAGUGUAAUAAUACCUUUUCUCCAAAUACGAUAAAUUAGAAAAGAAUUGAUUGCGAAAGAAAAAUCGUAAAAAUCGAUUUUACUCUUCAAUGCUAACAGUAUAAUUAAAUACAAGUGUACCUUUUUUAAUAAAAGUCGUUAUAAUCGACAAGUAAAAUGUCCGAUCCAGUUAUAAAUCCGGAAAUACCUUACGUUGGAGAGAUCCAUGGAGGCGUUGUUCCUGGUAAAAUGGUCAAAGUUCAAGGAAAAGUUCCUCAUGAAGCAACACGAUUUGCUGUUAACUACCAAUUAGGCCCAGGGUUGAAUCCUCGUGAUGACAUUGCUCUUCAUGUUUCACCUCGUUUUCCUCAGGGAAUCAUCACUAGAAAUAGUAUUGAGUCAAUGCAAUGGGGAGUUGAAGAAAAUAAUGGUCCCAUGUGGAUUCAUCCUGGUCAGCCUUUUGAAAUAAUUAUUCUUUGUGAAUAUUAUUGUUACAAAAUUGCUGUAAAUGGCAGACAUUUUGCGGAAUUUACUCACAGAUUGCCUUAUGAUAGAGUAACUCAUUUAGUUAUCGAUGGUGACGUUGAGAUAAAUUCUAUUUUUUACGAAACUAUUAAUGUUGGUCCAAGACCAACAGCUCCAGUACCUGAUCUUCCAACAGUUGAUGUUGGUCCACCACCACCUGGUGGUCUUUAUCCUACUCUCAAUCCUCAAGCAAAGUUUGAUCUACCUGAUAAAGAUUACGAUCCACCUCAUCCUCAUAGACAACCAGCUGCACAUCAAAAAUCAGAAGAUGCAUUUGGCAGUACAUUGGAUAAAGUUGGUUUAGCUGUUGGAGGGCUUGUUGCUGCAGGAGGUGUUGCAGCUGCAAUGCAUGCAAUUAAUAAACAAAAAAAGAAACAUGACGGAGAAGCAGAUCAUGCCAAAUCUACUUCCCCAGACUAUGAAAGCGGAUUGGGUGGACUAGGAGCAUUAGGAGCAGCUUUAGCUAGUAGUUUGGCAUCAAAUUCUCAUGCACAACAAGGCUACCCAUCUGAUUCUGGUAGUGGUGGAAUGAUAGGAUCAUUGCUUGGAGCAUUAGGUGGUGGUCAAGCUACAGCAAAACCUAAUUAUAGUCAACAAACAUCAAAUUCUGAUCCUUUCGGUGGAGCUCUAGGAUCCAUACUUGGUGGUGUUCUUGGGGGUGGAAGUCAUCAACAACAACCAACAUACCAACCAACUGGUGGCUAUCCUCAGAAUCAACCAUCACAAAGUGGUGGAGGUAAUGAUUUAUUUGGUGAUUUAAAAGGAGCUCUGCUUAAAUCAGCCAUGGAUGAUAUUACAAAACAUCUAUACCCUAACAAACCUCAACCAUCGGGAGCCGAAAAUCCUCAUCCGACGUAUCACGGAAAUAUGUCACCACCAUCACACGAUCCUCCGAAUCCUCAUCGAGGCUCCGGCCCGGGAAAGCUUAGCGCUGCCGAAAUAUCGAAGGGGCUUGGUCUCAGCGAUGAUGAAAAUUAACAUCAACGAUGAUUUUUUCCGAAUCAUAAAACCGGAAUAUACUCGAUAUUGUUCUAAAGCUUAUAUAUAUUCCACAAUAUGCGUGCAAUACCUUUAAGCGUCAGUGAUAUGAUUAAAAAGUUGUGCAGUAUUUGACAUUAUUUUAAAAUAUUAUAAAUCGCAAUGUAUUAUUAUGUUAAAAGCUUUUGGCUUGAAACAAUGGUAGAAUAGAAGAUAUUCACUUUUAAAAUUAAAACUAAAAAUUUUCUCAAAUCUUCUAAAUUUAACUUCUAAGUAUAUAGUCUUCUAAAAAACGUGACCUAACAUGUCGAUUUGCGCCCAUAUUUUUCUAUUUAAUUUUCCGAUAAUAAUAUUAUAUGCUUUUCGAGAUUUCAUUGUUAUUAGUGUUAUCUUGAUUGUCCGCAGAUGAAAUAUUAACGAUAAUGAAUUACCUGUAAAGAAAAAUUGAAGUUAUGGUAAUGGUGUAGAUGGAGAAUUUUGUGCCUGAGACAAGAACUUUUUCAAAGAUAUUGUAAAUUCCAACAAUGCUUUAAAUGUUGAAAAUUAUAUUUUUUAAUAAUCAUACUCAAAUUUAAUAACUGUGAGAAUAAAUUCUUAAAAUUGA